AUGCAGCAGGGAUCAAAUGAGAUGGAGGGUGAACUAGCAAGCAAGAGGAAGAACGCGAAGUUCACCGACACUUUUCCUGAAACGGUCAGCUCCACAGCGGAUAUCGAAGCUUCCUUCUACAAGAAGUUCCCUGAUGUAUCUGCCUUGGCUGGGGGCUCCUUGCUCUCUCCUUCCACCCCAUCCUCCCUCCAGGCUGCUGCCAUUCCUGCCCGUCGCCGACACCGGACUACCUUCAGCCAGGAGCAGCUGGACCAACUGGAGGCUGCCUUUGCAAAAAACCACUAUCCUGACAUCUACUGUCGAGAGGAGCUGGCGAGAACUACCAAGCUCAAUGAGGCUCGCAUUCAGGUUUGGUUCCAGAAUCGGCGAGCAAAGCAGCGAAAGCAGGAAAGAGCAUUCCCCAAAUCUGCCGCUACGGGUGUCCUCUCUGUCUGUCCCCUGCCCAUGCCCCCAACACGGCAGUAUCAUUACCCACCCACCCUUGGGCCACACCAUCAACUGCCUCGUUUUCCUUCCAACUAUACUCUCCCUCCUGCAACUCCCUCUGGUACUCCAGCCCAGUUCCCAUGCCCCCAAACUGGCCGCACUCAUGAAGACUGGUACACCCCUCUGCGCACCAUUGGGUCCCCCACAGUUGCUUCCCCACCUUCCAUGAUCUCGCUGAGCCUCGAUCCCAGCACCCUUUGGAACUGAGGGUCUCUUUGUAUGCAAAGAUACGGAUAAUGUGCAUCCAGGUGGGGAUAAGACACAUAAACAUGGGGAACACAAACCACACCUAAGGAGAAGCCAGAGCGUGAUACCCUAUCUCAGCCCCUGCCAAUUUCGUGACAAUCUAUCUGCUGAGGAAUACUCAGGCCUUUGCCAUAAAAGAGCUGUGCUUUAUUGACAGUUUAGUGACAUUUUUCAGAAUGUGUAUCAACGCAUACACACGUUUUUGGCUACAGUUUUGGUCUUAUACUCAACAGUGUAGUGGAGCCACAGGAUUUUUUGAAUAGCAUGGCUCUGGUGUCAUUUGCCAUCCCCCUUACAUUCCUGUUUUCUCUGAGGGCCCUUCCACACAGCCACAUAAUCCAGAAUACCAAGGCAGAUAAUCCACAAUAUCAGAUAUAACUGGAUUACAGUAGAGUCUCACUUAUCCAACACCCGCUUAUCCAACGUUCUGGAUUAUCCAAUGCAUUUUUGUAGUCAAUGUUUUCAAUAUAUCGUGAUAUUUUGGUGCUAAAUUCAUAAAUACAGUAAUUACUACAUAGCAUUACUGCAUAUUGAACUACUUUUUCUGCCAAAUUUGUUGUCUAACAUGAUGUUUUGGUGCUUCAUUUGUAAAAUUAUAACCUAAUUUGAUGUUUAAUAGGCUUUUCCUUAAUGCCUCCUUAUUAUCCAACAUAUUCGCUUAUCCAACAUUCUGCCGGCCCGUUUAUGUUGGAUAAGUGAGACUCUACUGUAUCUAAAUCCACACUGCCAUAUAAUCCAGUUCAAUGUGGAUUGUAUACAGCUGUGUAGAAGAGGCCUAAGUUUCUCUGCAAUUCCCACAUUAGUUGAAGGGAAAAUGGAUUUUCCCCAUUAACAAUGUAUUGAUAUAAGCUGACUCUAUUAUAAAUAAAAGUAUUUGGGUUUGAAAAGCAAGAUCCAUUGGAUAUGCAAAAGACCUCCUUCCAGUGGAAACGAUUAAAAAAACAGACCAACAGAGCUGUUUUGGGAUUCUUCUUGUAAAUGCUGCUAAAGGCACUGUCAUUAUUGUGGUUGGCAUUUCAGAAUUAAUCACUACACCAAUUGAUUUAUUUUAACCCCAAAUUAACAAUCUGGAAAAGGGCUGUAAAUGCAUUUUCAUCGAGAGUCAUAUCAGCCUUAUAGGAGUUGCCUUCAAAGAGCCAUUGAAUCAAUGGAUGGAGAAUCUGUGGAUACAGAGGGCCAAUUCUCUCUCUCUCUCUCUCUCUAUAUAUAUAUAUAUACACACACACACACACACACAUACAUAUACAUAUACAGUAGAGUCUCACUUAUCCAACAUUCUGGAUUAUCUAACACAUUUUUGUAGUCAAUGUUUUCAAUGCAUUGUGAUAUUUUGGUGCUAAAUUCGUAAAUACAGUAAUUACUACACAGCAUUAAUGUGUAAUGAACUACUUUUUCUGUCAAAUGUGUUGUAUAACAUGUUUUGUGCUUAAUUUGUAAAAUCAUAACCUAUUUUGAUGUUUAAUAGGCUUUUUCUUAAUCUCUCCAUAUUAUCCAACAUAUUCGCUUAUCCAACGUUCUACCGGCCUGUUUAUGUUGGAUAAGUGGGACUCUACUGUACAUACAUACACACACACACACACAUACACAUAUAUACAUACACACACACAUAGUGGUCAGUGCUCUAUUUUUUACCCAAAUUGGGUCCCCAGAUAUUAUUGAACAACAACUGCAUCACUUUAGGACCCUUCUACACUGCCAUAUAAUCCAAAUAAUCAAAGCAGAUAAUCCACAUUAUCUGCCUUUAUCUGAGUCUACACUGCCAUAUAAUCCAGUUCAAAGCAGAUAAUCUGGAUUUUAUACAGCUGUGUAGAAGAGAGCUUAGAAUAUUGUCAUGCAGGUUGGGACAGUGGGAAUUGUAACUCAACAGCACUUGUGGCUCUGACGUUGAGAAAAGGGUAAAGGACAUUUUAAUGUCAGAUCCACAAAUCUUGUGUCUAAAUCCAAGCCCCAGUACCCUGACUAAACAGAAUUAAGUGCAGCCUUCCAGAUGUGACUGUACCAAAACUCCCAUCAGCUCUAGUCAUGAAUUCUAAAUAUGGGGAAGACACAAAUUGGAGUCCAGCCACAUAAAAUAGCAUGGCGGGAUAGAUUUAGCCUGCGGACCGUAACACACUCCCAUCACACUACAGCAUGGAUCCAAUUUAAAUUUGACUUCUGCCUCCUGCAGAAUUCUAUUGUUUGUAGUUUCUUGAGGCCCAGGACCUCUCUGACUGAGCAGGUUAAAGGCCCCUCCCUCAACUACAAGCCAAAGAAUUCUGCAGGAGGCAGAAACUGGAUUUAAAGUGAAUCCAUGUUCUAGUGUGAUGAGAUCUUUAAACUAUCUCAGCAUAAGAGUUUCCUAAUAAAUAACAUUCAAAAGAAGUUUACUGUUCUUCUUUCUGCACAGUGCCAACAAGUAUUAGCUACCUCAAAGGCCACUUAUAAACUGCCAUAUAAAAUAUACAGAUUAUCUGCUUUGAACCGGAUUAUAUGAGUCCGCACUGCCAGAUAAUCUGGGAUAAAAAGAAAACUUGGGAUCAGAUCCUGGGAUAUAAGGCCUGCCUGGAAGGGCCCCCAGUUCAAAGCAGAUAAUCUUGGUUUUAUAUAGCAGUUUAGACGGGGCUUGAGAGAACUUCUACCUGUGUCGUUAUUGUUUCCAUUUGUUGUACAUUAUGCAUUGAAGUCAUUGUGCUAUUUGGAAAAGGUAUGAAAGAAGUGAAAGGGGUUUGGUUUUAGAGCUGUAACCCAUGUUUAAAGUUGGGGAAUGAAGGGUCUGUGUCAAAUAUGGCCCAGAUCCAUCAUGCCACAUGGGAACCUUUGUAGUGCAAAUGAACAUACACAUUUUGAUUUUCUUUUAUAUAUGUGGCAAAACCAGAGUUUGCUUUCUGGAUUUUUAAAAUUUAUUUUCCAGCUGUGGAUGAUGGAAUCUAUGGAGACUGAGGGGCCUUCCACACAGCCAUAUAACCCAGAAUAUCAAGGCAGAUAAUCCACAUUAUCUGUUGUGAACUGGGUUAUAUGGCAGUAUGGACUCAGGUAACCCCGUUCAAAGCAGAUAUUGUGGGAUUUUCUGCCUUGAUAUUCUGCGUUAUAUGGUUGCGUGAAAGGCCCUGAGUCCACACUGCUAUAUAACCCACUUCA